CUGCACAGAGAGAUACACAAACGGGAGCAGCUAAGGGCAGAGCAGCUGCGAGGGGCACUCGGUAGCCUGCCCACCUUCUGGCCCUAGGAUGGUGCUUCCCACUGGCGGGCACGCAUAGCGGUCGGAGAUGACACCAGACGUAAUGCUCUUCUUCGUGGUUGCUGGAUUGCUGACGGCAGCUCUCUCAGGUCACCCAAGUCCAGCCCCAUCUGGCCAGCCCAACACCACCAGUGAAGAGAGCCAGCUCUCGGAGCCAGGGGAGCGACUCCAGGUCCGCCUGAUGAACGGUAGCAGCCGCUGCAACGGGACGGUGGAGGUCUGGUUCCGGCAGUCCUGGGAGCCCGCAUGCGGGGCACUCUGGGACCUCCGCGCCUCCGAGGCCGUGUGCCGCUCGCUGGGCUGCGGCCGGGCGGAGCCGCUGGAACAGCCCGCCCUGCCGACCCCGGCGCUGCCGCCUGGUGCAGCCGCGGGAAACGCCAGCUGGGCCCCGAAUACCACGUGGGCCCUGGCGCCCACCGUCCAGUGCAGCGGCCCCGAAUGGCAGCUCUGCAAGGUGGUGGAGCACGCGUGCAGCAGCGACGAGAGGCCGGUCCAGGUCACCUGUGCAGAAAACCUCGAUUUGAAAUUGGUGGGUGGUGGCAGCCCGUGCGAGGGCCGCGUGGAGAUGCUGGAGCACGGACAGUGGGGUUCGGUGUGUGACGACACGUGGGACCUGGACGAUGCCCACGUGGUGUGCCGGCAACUGAGCUGCGGCUGGGCGGUCCAGGCCCUGCCCGGCUUGCACUUUGCCCCUGGCCAUGGACGCAUCCACCGGGACCAAGUGAACUGUUCCGGGUCGGAGACCUACCUGUGGGACUGCCUGGGGCUGCCGGGAAACGGCUACUGUGGCCACAAGGAGGACGCCGGCGUGGUGUGCUCAGAGCACCAGUCCUGGCGCCUGACCGGGGGCACUGACCCCUGCGAGGGGCAGGUGGAGGUAUACUUCCGAGGGGUCUGGAGCACAGUGUGUGACAGUACGUGGUACGAACCAGAGGCCAAGGUGCUCUGCCGGGACUUGGGCUGUGGGACUCUGGCCCGGGUGCCCAAGGGGCUGCCACACUCCCUGUCGGGCAAGAUGUACUACUCAUGCGAGGGAGGGGAGCCCACGCUCUCCGAGUGCUUCUGGCGGUUCAAUAACUCCAACCUCUGCAGCCAAUCACAGGCAGCCAGGGUCCUCUGCUCAGGUGCCCGGAGCCUGCUCAAUCUGUCCGCUUCUGAAAUCCCUGCAAGUGGUCAGCCGGUCACUGUGGAAUCUUCUGUGACGGUGAAAAUGAAGGACUGGGAAUCUCGAGAGCUAAUGCUCCUCAUCCCUUGCAUCGUUCUGGGAAUUCUCCUUCUUGUCUCACUCAGUUUCAUAGCCAUCAUCCUCUUGAGAAUUAAAGGAAAAUACGCCCUCCCCGCUAUGGUGAACCACCAGCACCUACCCACCACCACCCCAGCGGGGACCACAAGCUAUCAAGAGGUUCCCAUCACCAUCGCCAAAGAAGAAACUUUCUGCCCCCUGCCUUGCCAUGCUCCCCACUCUGUUCUCUCCCCAGUUCCCAAGCUGCCCAUCCAGGUCCAGGCUCCGCCCCCUGAAGACACGAACUCCAGCUCCGACUCAGACUAUGAGCACUAUGACUUCAGCAGCCAGCCUCCUGUGGCCCUGACCACCUUCUACAAUUCCCAACGGCACCGCUUCACGGAUGAAGAGGUCCAGCAGAACAGGUUCCAGAUGCCCCCCUUGGAGGAAGGCCCAGGACUCGAAGAGGUGCAUGCCUCCCAGGUCCCACCUGCCAACCCUGAACACUGCAUUGCAGACCCCCGCUCCACGGGCCCUCCGCACCACCCAAGGAGCAAGAGUGGCUCCAGCACAUCUUCAGGGGAGGAGUACUGUAACAGCCCCAGCAGCAGGCUACCUCCGUGGAACUCUCAAGUGUUUCCUUCAGAGAGGAACCCCCUGCUGGGGCAGCCCCUGAACUUGGAGCUGGCUGGCUCCCAGGUAGCUUUUCCAGCAGGGCCCUCGGCUGAUGACAGCUCCAGCACCUCCUCCGGAGAGUGGUACCAGAACUUCCAGCCGCCGCCCCAGCUCCCAUCUGCGGAGCAGUUUGGAUGUCCAGGGUCCCUCACUCCCCAGCCUGACUUCUCCUCCAAUGAAGACUAUGAUGACAUUGGAGCAGCCUAGCGUGGGCCCGGCGCGGCUCUGUGCGCUCCCUGUCUCCGGACUCCGGCUCUGCCUGCUCCCCCUGCCCUCCCCCCACCCUCCCCCUCAUGCCCCAGGAGCUGAGAGUCCUCCCCUGGAGACAUGAAAGGAACCUCCACACCUAGGAUGGCCCAGCCUCCAUCCAUCAACAGAACCUGCCAGCACAGCCCUCCCCCAGCCCCAGACAGCAGCCCCAAGGAAGAGAUGCUGCCUCUGAAAGGGGCCGAGCUCUCCGCCUCAGGGGUGAACAGGCAGAGCCUAGGCCACUGCUCGGCAGGCCGCGUGGAAGGUUUGAACUGGAAGAUUCCUGAGGUCCCUUCCGACCCUCAUGUGUCUGAGGCUUUGGUUGCCCGAGUCUCUGACAGCUCAGGGCCCAGAGGUGUUCUGCGAGGGGCAGGGAGGCCCCAUGUGCAGGGGCCAUUGGACGGCUGCUGCUCUGACAGGUGGGUGCUGGGGCUCAGGCUAAGCUCAGGUUGGUACCUGCACCUGGCAGGGAGUCCAGCUUUCCUGGGCACAGCCCAGGAUGGCACAGGGAGCAGGAUGGCUGCUCCUCGUCGACCACCCGGGGCCUGAGGCCAGCCCUGCCUCUAGAGAGCCUUAGAGCCCACCAGGGACACAGCCCUGAUCUGCAGUGACCAUUCCUGGACAGCAGUCCUUAUUCUGAGCUUCCAAAGGUUUACAAAGACGGUCCCAUCCAGCCCCGCCAGAGACCCAGAGUGGGGCUCAGUCCCCGUGGGGCAGAAGCACAGAGAUGUCUUCCAGGAGGGGCCCAGAAGCUGCACUAAGCCCCGAGUCCCCAGCUGUCUGCUUGGAUUGAUGGGAUCCUCCCCGAUGAACACAUAAAUAUCAGUGUCACUCCUAGAGCCGUAACCGUGUCCAAGGCAGCCUCCAGGGAGAGGCCUGAGGGCUCAGGGCCAGCUUCUGGUGUCCUGCUCUGAGUAUCCCGAGAUUAAACCAAC